AUGGGAACAAAGGGUGAUUUCUCAGUGUCUGGAUCCCUGCAAUUUCUCUGGAGUACGUUUAUAGUUGUCGUAACGUACUGGGAGCAUUUUAAAAAAUUUCUUGUCGGCAUAUUUUUACAUUUCGCUUUGCAAAAAAAUAAUGCAAAUAUGAUUGUGUUGGCAGCUUUAGAUGAUAUCGCUUGGCUGUUUAACCUAAGAGGUUCGGACAUAUCUUUUUGCCCCGUAUUUUUCGCUUACGCGAUGGUAUCUGAUUCAUUUAUUUCUUUAUUCGUUGACCGCGAGAAACUGACGACUUCCUGCAAAGAGCAUUUGAAUUCAUCAUUGGAUUACUGCCGAGUGCAGAUUUUUCCGUAUGAUGACGCGCUGAAGUGUUUGCGUUGCUAUGUUUCGGAUAAUCCAUCUUGGAAGGUAUGGUUUUCCCCUGACACGAGUUACGCGUUCGUCAGUUCUGUCUCUGAUGAUCGGCGGCUGGAGAAGCAAUCCCCCGUUGUGACCGCUAAGGCAGUCAAGAAUUCUGUGGAACUGGCCGGCAUGCGCAGAGCUCACGUAAGCAGGUUUCAUUCAUAUGCAGUUGCGCACUGUGAGUUUCUUUGCUGGCUCGAAAAUGAAAUCGUAACAAGCGAUUCCUUGACGGAAGUGUCGGCUGCCAAUAAAUUCGAAAAACUUCGUCAGGAACAGCAAGACUAUGUUAGCCUUAGUUUUGAUACAAUUUCCGCUACCGGCCCAAAUGCUUCCGUUGUCCACUACCUUCCACAGAAAUGUCCAGAAGUGCGCAUCGACGGCGAAAAUCUUUACCUGGUCGAUUCUGGGGCGCAGUACAAGGACGGAACCACGGAUGUUACUCGAACGAUAAUGUUUGAUAAGGCGACUGACUUUCAGAAGCAGUGCUAUACCAGAGUCCUUAAGGGCCACAUUGCUUUAGCAACUCUUGUCUUUCCUGAGGAUACGCCAGGUUUUCGUCUGGACGCUGUUGCUCGAAUCGCUCUCUGGGAGGUCGGUCUUAAUUACAUGCAUGGAACAGGACAUGGAAUUGGUCAUUUCCUGUUCGUCCAUGAAGGUAACAUUUGUUUUCAACAUGGGCCUCUGUAUUUACCAGGUUAUUAUCAAGACGAAGAGUUUGGCAUUCGCAUUGAAAAUGCAUAUGAAAUCAUUCGUGUACAAACCGAAAACAAUUAUCGUGACAUUGGCUGUUUGUCGUUCAAGCCAUUGACUUUGGUUCCAAUACAAACGAAAUUGCUAGUGCCUGAGAUGCUUACGACAAAAGAGGUAUCUGACUGUGUUUGUUUUGUUUUGUUCCCAUAUGAGUUGGAAGAUCACGGAAGAACUAACGUCCUUAAUUGGCUUAGAGAACAGACAAAACCAAUUGGGUGA